AUGGCCGCGGGCAACAGCGGCGCCGAUCUCGGCCAAAAGCCCGCGGAAGACGAGGGCGAGCCGAUCACCCUCUUUCGCCGCCCGCUGGAGACGCUGUACUACCUCGGUCGCUGCGCGGGCGCCUCGGUUACCUUCGCGGCCUCCUGGUUCUUCAGCCACCCCAUCACGAUCUACCUGCUGGCGCCCGCGGUGGCCGCGCACGUGGCGCUGAAGCAGACCGGCUACGGCGCAAUCCUCACCGCAGAGAUCGACGCCUGGGCGCUGUACGCCCUGUGGUGGAUCGGCCUGGGGAUUCUGUCGUCGAUCGGGUUUGGCUCGGGGAUGCACUCUGGGCUUCUGUUUCUUUUCCCCCACAUACUGAAGGUGGCCCUGGCAGCCGAAGUCUGUGAUGGGGUGAACUUUGACGCACGCACGGAUGCCUGGUACAGCUCGGAGCCCUUCCACUGCAUCGAGGGGGGCGAGGGGGGCGAGGGGGACUGGGCGGGGCCGGCGGGGGACGGCCCGGGAUUUUGGGUGGUUUAUAAGAAAGUGAUUGUCACGGCCAUGUUGUGGGGGGUGGGCACAGCCAUAGGGGAGGUGCCGCCGUACUUUGUGAGCUACGCUGCCACGGGCGCGGAUCAGGCCGCUGCGGCGAUCCCCGACGUGGAGGAGGGGCUGAAGAGCGACAAUUUGAUCAAGAGGACGUUCGCCCGGAUGCUGGCGCUGAUGCUGUGGAUGAUUCGGAGGUGUGGGUUCCUGGGGGUGCUGGUGCUGGCCUCCUACCCCAACUUUGCCUUCGACCUUUGCGGCGUGGUGUGCGGCUACUUCCACAUGCCCUUCUGGAAGUUCUUCGGCGCCACGCUGCUGGGCAAGGGGCUGUUCAAGGUGAACGGCCAGGUGCUGUUCUUCGUGGCCCUGUUCCAGAGAUCCUCCAGAGAGAGGCUCAUGGAUUUCCUUGAGGGAGUGCUGCCGAACAGCCUGCCCUGGCUUCAGCUGGAUGAGCCGCCAGCGAGGGCGAUCCACAGAUUUGUAAAUGCGCAGAUCGGUGAGUUUGAGAGGAAGGUUGUGAAACAGGCGGCUGACCACAGGGGGGACCCCACCUGGUGGUGGCAGGACAUCGACCUGAGGCCGAGGGCGGUGGUGGCCUGGGCCAGGGGGCUGUGGCCCAAUAGCGUGAGCGCCCUGUGGAACACGAUCGUCUUUCUGUCAGUGUCCUACUUUGCAGUGUCAUGUAUAGACAGCGUGGCACAGGACUACAAGCAGAGGUUAGGCAGGCGGUUGAGGGCGAGGGAUGAGGCGAAGUCUGAACGUGAUGCGAGGUCGCAGGGAAACGUGGCUGGGACCUAUGGGGACUGA